CAGUAGAGCGUACAUACGCCGGCGAGUAAGGACGUUAAGGAACACAUUAACUGUCGUAGGAGUACUACUUGCUUACUUACGUAUAAUCUAUCGCGUAAAACGACGUCGUUUCUCGUACUCUUUGGUAAACAAGAAGAGAGGAGGAGGAAGACUUUGACGGCGAUAUAUAGGUGUGUAGUAUACUCGUUCAAGGCCCGGGGGCCGAUAUUAUCGUGCUUGGAUAGUAGUUAUUGUGGGAAGGCUCACUCAACUGUACGAACGACGACGACGAAUCUAACGUGUGCCUACGUGAUCCAACGAGCGUGUAUAAAAGUCAUGCGUAUCCCUGCUGUUAGUGUUUGUCUUGCUCCGAUAUUUCAUCUGUGAAGAACGUUCUCUUUUAUAUAUUUGUUUUUUAUUCAAUAUUUCCUUACUUCAUUUGAAGAACAUUCAUCUCGUAACGUAAUUUCGAUAUUAACUCGAUAUUAACGAAUUAUCGAAGAUAUCGAUCGAUCGUUAUUAUUGAAAGUAAUAAUAUAUUUACUGAGUGUGUUGUUAUCUUUGAAAGAACGAAAAUUAAAAAAAAAAAAAAAAAAAAAUUUAGAGAGACAUUUUCUUUUGAAAGUACGUACAAAAAAUUGUGAUCAAAGUGGAAGGGCAUGUGGCAUCCUGUUUUCUUAUGCUUCCUCCCCCUAAGAGGGAAGCACCAACAAUACCAAUUAAACGUCGAAAUCGCAGGAAAACGUCCUUGCCUACCUCCAAUUUAGAAAACAAGGAAACAGGCGCCAAGAUGUGGCUUAAGGUUCUCAGACAAAAUAUUUCGCAUCUGGCUCGCAGAGCUAAGGGCAGCUCGUCUGUCGAACCAAAGAACGGCGGCAAUGGCAAUGCCAAAGGAAACAAAACUAAUAACAAUGGCGUCGAGGUCAAUAGAAACGAAGAACAAAAUGGUUCGAGCGAUGUUAAAAAUCAAACUAAGAAGAAACCGAACGCGGCUGGAAAUGGACCACUGCUACAACAAGCAGAGAUAUCUACCAGUCAAUUGGAUUUCUUCAAGAUGCUUGACGAAAAAAUUGAAAAUGGUCCUGACUACGACGAAGCUCUCGACUCAACAAACAGGGCCGAACACGUAUCGAAUCUUUUACGUCGAUGGGAGUUAGCCAGCGUAACGUGGUCGUCUAGCGUGUCGGAUCUGAACCAACCAUCAUUGUCCAAUCAAAAGAAUCGUAAUCCAGCUUUGAGUACUUCGAGACAAAGUCUCAGUGCUAAGGAUCGCGAGGGUAUGCGAAACAUCGUUGGUGGUAGACCAGAGAGUGCACCAAUUUUUAUGAGAAACGCCAAUCGAGUUGAUGGUCUUCAAGAGACCCAUUGUCCUUCGCCAAACAUGCCAAGACACGUCUUAGAAUCCAUAACGCAGAGUCCAACGCAAAGUUUGAAGAAUGUCACGCCACCGGGAAGUUCCCCAACUAAUUUUCGCUAUCAGGAUAGUUUCAAGGAAUGCAAUGCUAAUCAAAUACCAAGUAAAACAACGAGCAAACUUCAUUACGGAUCACAGAAUCCGGUAAACGGGGAGUACGUAACACAACAGGCUCUCUAUCGCGAACAAUAUCUUCAACAAACUGGCAUAAUCGUUCCAUCGUCUCAAUACUCGGCUGAGUCACCAGGUGGCAACGUACUCAGAAACAAUCCGUUCGUUCAACAAUUUCAAAUUGGUAGUCCCCAACAUUUCUCGGUACAGAGAAAACGAGGCUUCAAUGCCGCCCAAAUGACGUGACCAGGAUUGGCACGGACGACGAGAUAAGACUGAACACGAUUCACAGGAAUUACUUCUUGUGAAAAACAGAGCUAGUGAAACAGAGAGAACUAUAGAGAUAGAAGGCACGGAAUGAAAAAAGAAAUAUCCUUCUAAAUGGGUCUUCUUCUCUCAAAUAUUCCCAAUCCUCAGCUCGCGUUCUUCAACUUCUUGUGCUUUAUAGUAGGUGCUUGUGUGCUGUCGAUAAGAACUUUUCUCAAGAUGUAAAGAGAAGAAAAAUGAUGGCAGAGGAGAGGAAGAAGGAAGCUGGUAGUGGCCUAAGGAUUCAAAACGUGAUUGAAUUGACGAUUGAAAGAAACAAAACCAAAGUAAUCAGGAAGGAAACAUCAUACGUACGAAAAUUCGCAUCAAGUAUAAUCAAAUGGAUUUCUUUCUUAUACAUAAAGUGCCAAAAAGAAUGCUCUACGUAAAAUCAUUUAGAGGAAAAUCGCGCGGGAACAGAGAUAAAAAAGAAAAAUUAAUCUUUCUACGUGAAAACGAAAUACUCUUCUACUUCGUGAUUGUGUAUAAAAUUAUUAAUUAAACUAACUAUAACGGAAAAAGAAAAGAUGAGAAAAUUUGAAAAAAAAAACCAAAAAAAUGAAUUUUUCGAUGUGCGUACGAUAAAAAAAUUGUCGUCCGUUACUUUUAUUGUCCUUUUUUCUAAUCGAUGGAAUACCUGUUGUUCUUACGAAAAAAACGAAAAGAAAAAAUCUAUUAUAUUAAAAA